AUGACGACCACGACUCGGACGAUAUGGCGCGUCAACAAGACGGGCGCGCUGUCGGGGCUGGAGAGGGUGGACGGCGACGAGCUGGCGCCGCCGGGCCCCGGCGAGAUCCGCGUCAAGGUGAAGGCCAUAGGACUCAACUUCGCCGACGUCUUCAGCGUCCUCGGGCUCUACGGCGCCACCCCCGACUGUCCCUUCGUCCCCGGGCUCGAGUGCUGCGGGAUCGUCGAGGCCAUCGGCGAGUCCGAUCCGAGCUUACCCGAGGGAGCCGUCGUCCCGACGGUGGCGGUCGGCGACAGCGUCAUGGUGGUGACGCGAUUCGGCGCGUACGCCAGCGCGGUCAACGCGCCUUUGCACCAGUGCCGACCCCUCCCGAGCGGGUGGACCCACGAGCAGGGCGCCGCGUUCCUCGUCCAGGGCCUCACCGCGUUCUACGCCCUGAGGGCGCUGGGGGAUGUGAAAAAGGGGCAGACGGUGUUGGUCCACUCCGCCGCGGGCGGGUGCGGGCUCUUCGGCCUCGGGAUAUGCAACGCGCUGGGUGCCACGCCCAUCGCGACGGUGGGCUCGCAGACGAAGGUGACCGCGGUGCUGGAAAGGUUUCCAGACAUGGACCCGGACACCAUAAUCGUCCGCGACAGGAGACGCUUUCGCGAACAAGUCGCCGCCGCCGCCGCCGCCGCGGGAUCGGAACGAGGCACGUGCGACGUCGUGAUGGACGCGGUGAUGGGGGACUUCUUCGAGGGCGGGUGGGCGAAUUUGGCGAGGGGCGGGAGGUACGUGGUCUACGGCGCCGCGGACCUCACCCCCGCGGGCGACCUCGCGUGGUUCAACGUCCUCGGAUGGGUCAAGUUGGGAUGGAAGUACCUUUGGCGCCCGCGGGUGGACCCGACGAACCUGCCGGGCGAGAACAAGAGCGUCAUGGGGUUUAACCUCAUCUGGAUGUUCGAUAAGAUCGUGGAGCUCGGGGGGUUGCUGACGGACCUGGACGCGCUGCGUUUGCCGGCUCCCAAGGUUGGCGAGUCGUUCGACUUCGACCGGCUGCCGGAUGCGAUCAGGACGUUCCAAUCGGGCGGGACGUCGGGCAAGGUUGUGGUGACGCUUCCGGAGGAUUAG